CAUAUCUAAAAAGUCAGUUAUUUUAGAAGAUGAAUCUUUGUCUACUAAUAACAAUAUUGAAUUAACACAUAAAAAUGAUGGUAAAACAGUACAAAGAACUGCCCUAACUAAUGUUGAAUCAGUGCAAAAAUCAGGCUUAAAGCAAGAUUUAGUGGAUUGUUUAGUUAAUGAAAGUCAAAAGAGGCUUGUUUUAUUGGCUUUAGAUAGUUCUGGUAAAGAAAAAGAAGUUGAUUUUGAGAAUAGUAUGAAGAAGGUAUCUGAAGAAGGUGAUAAGUUGAACUUUGAGUUAGGAAAAGUCUUUGCUAAUGUUUUCAAUAAUGUUCUGGUGAUGGUUGAGAAUUUUUGA